GCCAUCUCUGUACCACAUCACAUCCGCCUAAUAACCACCCGGAAAAAAAACUCCAGUAACAGUCGGAUUGUGGCCACCGGGAGUUUCUCAGUGAUCCCGGGCAGUCAUGGCGGGUAAAGCAGUGGACCCUUUCGCUAUGGAUGCUGGGGAGCAAACUGGAGGACCUCCAGCAGGAAACAGGAUGUGGUUGCCGAGAGGCCUCUCGGGAAGCGUGGCGAAGGAGUGGUUCGAGCGCCGUCGCAUGGCCAUGCAGCCAUGGGCGGGGUUUGUCGACCAGCGGCGGUUUUCCAAGCCGCGAAACUUUGGGGAGCUCUGUCAGAGGGUUGUCCGUAACCUGGACACCUACCACAGCAACUACACCUUCAUCUUUCUGGGCCUCAUCCUCUACUGCAUCAUCAGUUCUCCCAUGCUGCUGCUAGCCCUGGCUGUAUUUGUAGGCGCUUUCUACAUCAUUCACCUCAAGUCUUUGGAGUCCAAGCUGGUGGUGUUUGGGAGAGAGGUUACAGGGGUACACCAGCUCACCCUGGCAGGAGCUGUGUCCUCUCCUGUGUUCUGGUUGGCUGGAGCUGGAACUGCAGUCUUCUGGGUACUGGGGGCUACGCUGGCUGUGAUUGGCUCCCACGCAGCAUUCCGAGAGCUGGACGGCGCUGAUAUGGACGAGCUCAUGAUGGAACCUGUCUGACCUCUGACCUCUUUGCCUUAACCUAUCAUACCCAUGUGUAUCUUAUUGGUUUAUUGGUAUUAUUCUCUUCACUGCACUCUUUCACUGAAAUGUACUGGCUUA